AUGAGUUCACCGGACCUAUCACCCGUCGGGGUCAAGCUCGCCCUCAAAGGCGGAAAACGCGCCGUCUCGUCCACCAGCACCAUCGCCGUUGCCCCCGAGAACGAUUUCCUCCCUCCGCCCGCUAGAGGCCUGACGGCUUCGGCUGUCUCCAAAGAGUUCGACCCCAGUGUGGGCGCAAAGCCCUCGUCACCGUUCUACAGACACGCCACGCCAUCGGUUAGUAUGGCCAAGUUCAAAGCUCACACGAAGAGCAACGUCGCGGAAAAUGGUUACGACCUCGAGAACAAUCUCCUGGAUCCUAGGCAAGCUUCUAUGGGGGAGGACGAAUGCAAUCGGCAGUCGAAGCUCUGGGUGCAAGAGAAGCGACGGUGCGGGUGUAUGAGAUCGCUGUCGAAGAAACAAAGGCUGGCGUUGAAGGCAGUCAUUGCGAUCGGGACGCUAGGGAGUAUGAUCGCUAUCGCGCUGGGGAUUACGGCGGCCGUUGGAGGAGGCGUGUGGAGAUCGGAUCAUCAGCAUCGGGUGAUUGGACAGGAGAGAUGA